GUGUAUCACACGACCUAGUCAAACAUGGCGGAUAGGCGAUUACUCAACACUGCUUAUAACUACUAGUCGUUCAACGAAGACAUGGGGAUUCUCCUGCUAACAACCUUGAUCCUCCUCCAACAAGUGUCAGGUUCGAAGUAUUUCAUAAUAACUCGACUGAUGACGGCGCUAGAGGCAUAUACUGCUUGCAUUGAGAAUAACAGCAUGUUGGCAGUACCACAAACGGAGGCCGAAGAACUGCUAGCGCGAACGAAGAAUGAGACUGGAGAUUUCGAAACUUGGACGGGGGAGUACGUUGAUGAGGUUGCCCCAUGGGUGUAUGCCAGAGGUUGUUGGGGAGCAGUUGACGAAGCAUUAGGACUGCUGAAUCAUACAGAUAACAGCGGCUCGUUGUGUUUGCAGACGUGUGGUCCAAACAUUGGCACUGUUUUUGUACGGGAAGACCAGUGCAUUUGUAACUGGAAUGAUGACGCACAAGAAGCGACAAAGGACUUUUGUAACAGAGUCUGUAACGGGGAUGGCGGCACGUGCGGAGGGCAAAAAGUAUACUAUACGCAGUAUAGCAGGUGUUAUGAAAAACAGUGUCCGGCUGAGUUCAACAUAGGGAAGAAUUGUGUGUACAUCGACUUGAUGGGUAUAAGAAAAGCGGCUCCAUGUGAGGAACAACACUUCCCUGUCUGUGUGAUAGGUAAAGGAAGAGACGCUACGAUAGAGUUGUUCGUCAAUGCUAGUGAUGAAUUGAAGAAAAUGUCAUGGAAAGUUUCAAAUAAAUUCUGCCUGAGAAAGGGUGGCGUGCUUGCUGAUAUUUCGGAGAAAACGCAAGUACUUAAAAGAAUCGCAAAUGAACUGAACAUAACUUCCUCCAAACCAACCUUCUGGAUAGCGCUUAAUAGAGCGAUCACACCGCCAAAAUCUAUAACAGGAACUUCCUCACUGAGCAAUUCCUCGCAAUGUUUCUACAUUGCAAAAGGUGGAAAUGGUACCAUGUACAAGAAUUGUGAGGAAAAGGCAUUUGCGUCUUGUAGAAGGAAAUUAGACAGCACAAGCCCUACUGAUACGGUAACCUCUCAGACCAAAAACGGAAGUAGUUCCGAGGACAGUACGUCUAAUGUGCAGGUUACUGGUAUCUCCAUCGUGGACAACACAAGCCCUGUUAUUAAUGAUACGACAACCUCUCAAACAAAAGAUAGUAGUUCGGAGGACAACACGUCUGGCGUCCAGGUUACUGGUAUCUCCAUCGGUUACAUCGUGCUAGCAGUUGUUGUGGGAGCUUCUUUCAUUGGAAUUAUCAUUGGAACAUCAGUUCUACUGAAGAGAAGAAAGAAGUCAAGGGGAAAUAACCCUUCCCAAAGUCGUCCACAAUAUGACUACACGGAUGUCGCAGAGCACCAAUCAUCUGGGAUAGAACUACAGGUUCAAGGCAGCAGACCUACUGGUACAUCCGGAAGUGGAUCAAACACGAACAGUGGACAUGAUAUAAGAAACAUGGAUGAGGAGAACUACGAUAUGAUGACAAACCACUCCCGUCCACAACAGAACUCGAAUGCAACUGAAUCUAACGCAUAUCAUAGCGUGGCCGUUGGUCCAGAGGGAGAUUAUAACGAGCUCCGAAUUGGCCAAAUCAAAGUUGACGUAGAGAUGCGGGACUCGUUCUACGCCACUGGUCAGUCCCUAUCAGCAAUGGAGGGUAAUUACGACGAAUUCCAGAAACGCGAUGGACACGCGGAAACUGAAUCCAACUACGAUCAUACCUUUCACUUGCAUGAUUGAACGGAAGAAAAUAAUUGAAAGGGGACAGUCUUUAUUGUGUACCUGUAAACACAUGUUGGUAUGCUACAAAUUAUUGCUACCGUCAAACCCAUAGCUUUGGACCUUAAACUGCACAUGUAUGCAUGCCUGUGUAUUAAACACACAUGGCUGAUGUCCGAAUGUAAUUCAAACCAACCUCUCCUUGUAAAGAGAGCAUAACUUUUCUGCAGUAUUGUAUAUUGUGACGUUACGUUUUAUGUGAGUGGAGCGAGUUUUAAUUCAAAGAUAUCUAAAAUAUCUCAUAGAUGUCUGUGGUUAUUCAGCAAGGAAAGUGGUAGAAGAGAUGUUUACAAGUUAAUAUGUGUACUUUGUCAAAUUCUAGAAAAUGAUUCACACAUGUCAGAUUUUAAUUUGGUAAUGUGUUGGUCAAGCCUAUAAUUAAAUCAGAUUGAAAGCGUCAUUUUUGUUAAAUAGAGUAGAUAUUUGUGUUGUAAAUAAAAGCAUGUCUUUCCUUUUUUC